AUGAUUGAAAAUGGUGAUGAUAAAACUAUAUAUAAUAAUAGCUUCUUUGAUGUACUAAAGGGAAACGUGACGAGUGAAGAAGAGAACGAAGAAGCAAUUCUUCGUAAUCCUCAAGAAGGUAAAGCUUCGGACUUUUACUGGGCAAGUCGAAAUGAUGAUAUCAAUUCACAUAAAAAUAUUUUCUCAUCAUCAAAAUUCAUCGAUAUUAAUCUUCUCGAGCUGAAUGGAAGUACUAGUUUACACGCAGCUUCAUAUUAUGGUCAUGUUCAUGUCGUUCGAUUUCUUCUUCAAAAUGGGAUUUUUCGACAUCGAAGAAAUCGUUAUGGCUACACUGCAUACGAAGAGGCGAAAAAUGAUGAGAUUCGUGAACUGUUUCAUCGAGCACCUGAUUCACAACGGUUUACUACCAAAACAGUAGAUGACACUCAACAGCUAUUUAAUACACAUAUUGAACAGUCGAAUGAUAACAAUGAGGCACCAGAGGAUAAUUGGGUUUGUGGAGCCAAUGGCCAAACUACAACUCGUGGGUUUCAAGCGCUUUGUAAUGUAGGCAAAUAUCUGGUGACUUCAUCUAUUUUGCGACCAUUAUUCAUGAAUAUCCUACGUCUAAAAGAUUAUCCAGAUUUCGCAUACAACGAAAAAUUAGCUGUCGAAGGAUUACAACGCCUUAUCGACAACCAUGUUACUUCAUCGCAUCCUGAGUAUCAAAAGGCAUGUGAACUUCUUUCCAAGUACGAUAAAUCUAGACAAGUUAAAUAUCUUCUACGUCUCUAUUCACUGAAAACACCUUUUUAUCGACAUCUUGAGACAGAUCAAUAA